AAACCUUGUGCACUGCCAAAAUAAAGUCUCGGGAUUGGACCACGGAGGAGCUCCUCGUGGUCAUCGAGCGCCCCCGCCGCGCCGGAAAAACCAGAUAGCGUUUUGUUUUGCUUGUCCUCGUGUUGGAUUUGUCUGCGACGCUCAAAGUAAAGCUAGUCGCGAAUCUUCCUUUCCUUGUGUUUUACUACAGCUACUUUUACCUUCGUUUGCUAGUUUUUUACAGCUCCAAGUAAAAGAGAAGAAUCCAGCGUCGCCCGUAGUCAAGAGUCACUUUGUUUUCCAAUUUAUUCCUGAAUUUGGGAGAAGAAUAACAGUAGCUGAUCUAAAUCUCCAAAACCCUGAGUUGGCUUUCUGAAUUGUGUCGCUGAACACACUGUGUGCUCUGUGUGGUUUUCGGAAUUUUUUCGGCGGUAGUUUAAGUCGCCGGAGAGCCCGAUGGGCUGCACGCAAUCUAAGAUCGAGAACGAGGAGACUGUGAACCGAUGCAAGGAACGGAAGCAGCACAUGGAGCGGGCGGUCACGGCAAGAAACAAGUUCGCCGCCGCCCACUCAGCCCACGCCAUGUCCUUGAAAAACACCGGCGCUGCCCUCAGCGACUUUGCCCAGGGUGAGGUUGUGUAUCCGACGUCCUCCGGCCCUGGGGUUGCUCCUCCGACAUCCUCGGCCAGCGUCGGAGGCGCCACCCCUCCUCCACCGCUGCCUCCUUACGAGAAUUUCCCUCCUCCUCCCCCUCCCCUCCCGGCAUCCUUCACCAACUCAUCGCCCCUCCAACGCGCCGCCACCAUGCCAGAAUUUUCAAUCCCUACACCCGAUAACAAACACUCCGAUCCAAUAAUUGAGGAAGAAAACGAAGAGGAUGUUGAGACAGAGAGCACCCAUAGCUUGAAACGACGUAGUAAGAGUGGGGGUAGAGGUGGAAUUCCAACUCCGGAGGUUAUGGAAGACGAGGUUUUGCAUCAGCCACGAAAAAAUGAUCAACGUGAUCGCGAGCAGCCUCAGCCGCAGCCGCAGCCACAACCGCCACCCCCGCCGGAGAAUAAAGGGAUGUCGUCUUGGGAUUACUUCUUCUCCAUGGAGAAUGUCCCAGGGCCCACAUUAGCGGAGGUGGAUGAGAAUAGUGUUGAGAGGGAGGAGAUUGAACGGAAGAUGCUUGAAGAAAGGGCUAGGAGAAGGGAAAUGGAGGGGAAGAGUGAGAAACCAGAGCCAGUGGCAGAAACAGUGGAGAAGGUGAGUGAACUCCCACCGCAGCCACCACCACCAGAAGCGGCAAUGGCACCAUCGAAGGUUGUGAAGAGAGUGAAACAAGGUGUUCCACCUGAGGGAAAAAAGAAGAGUGGAGGGAAUAAUGUGAACUUGGUGCAAAUAUUUGUUGAGCUGGAUGAUUGUUUUCUCAAGGCUUCAGAGAGUGCUCAUGAGGUUUCUAGGAUGCUAGAGGCUACCCGCUUGCAUUAUCACUCCAAUUUCGCAGAUAAAAAAGGUAAUAUUAAUCAUUCAGAAAGGGUGAUGCGUGUCAUAACAUGGAAUAGGUCCUUCAGAGGUUUGGCUAAUGCCGAUGAUGGGGCGGACGACUUUGAUUCAGAGGAGCAUGAAACUCAUGCAACGGUGUUGGACAAGAUGCUGGCAUGGGAGAAAAAGCUUUAUGAUGAAGUGAAGGCAGGUGAGCAGAUGAAACUUGAAUAUCAAAAAAAGGUUGCCUCGUUGAAUAAGUUGAAGAAGCGCGGUUCAAAUACAGAAGCGUUAGAGAGAAUGAAAGCAGCAGUAAGCCAUCUGCAUACAAGAUAUAUUGUCGACAUGCAGUCCAUGGACUCCACUGUUUCUGAAAUUAAUCGUCUGCGUGAUGAACAACUCUAUCCAAAACUUGUUGCUCUCGUGGAUGGGAUGGCUACAAUGUGGGAAACGAUAAGAAUACACCAUGAGAAUCAAUCCAAGAUUGUUCAAGCUUUGAGGUUAUUGGACAUAUCUCAAGCUCCAAAAGAAACGAGCGACCAUCACCAUGAACGCACACGCCAGUUGGGCGGUGUUGUUCAGGAAUGGUACACAAAUUUCAGCGAGCUCAUGAGCCAGCAGAAAGAAUACAUUAAAGCACUUAACAGCUGGUUGAAGCUAAAUCUUAUUCCAAUAGAUACAAACUGGAAGGAGAAAGUUUCGUCUCCUGGCCGACCUCAGAACCCCCCGAUACAGAUACUUUUACAUGCCUGGCAUGAUUAUCUGGAAAAGCUGCCAGACGAGCCCGCAAAAGCAUCUAUUAAUAACUUUGCGGCCAUCAUAAAAACCAUAUGGCAAUAUCAGAAAGAAGAGUUGGAUUUCAGAAACAGAUGUGCAGAUUCAAGAAAAGACCUCAUCAGAAAGACCCGAGAUUUUGAGAAUUGGUAUAACAAGUACAUGCAGAAGAGGACGCCUCCAGACGACAUGGAUCCAGACAGGACACAUGAUAAAGAUCUUAUCGCCGAAAAGCAGCUAAUGGUGGAAGCUGCGAAACAGAAAUUGGAGGAAGACGAGGAAGCCUACCAGAGGCAAUGCAUUCAGGUUAGAGAGAAAUCCCUUAUGAGUCUCAAAAGCCAUUUGCCUGAACUUUUCCGGGCUCUGUCCGAUUUUUCACUUGCCUGCUCGGAUAUGUAUAGUACCUUGAGGUCCAUCUCACGUUCGCGGAACAGAAACGAGGUCUGAUAAAAUGGGAUUCUUUUUUUCUUUCUUCUUUUUCCCUGUGUGUGCUUGAAUCAUAUGUUUUUCCCCUAUGUAUUUUUACAAAUAAUUGUCACUUGUUGUGCUUUGUUGUGAAAAUAGCUGCAGGAAACUGUUGAAUUCUAUUUAUUAAUAUUAGUCUUCUUGCAUGUAUAGCAACCUUAUGGGAUUGUUAGUUGAUUCAUCCUUAUAUGGUA